GAAGACAUCAGCAUGUGGUGAAGCCAACAGACUCCUUGCAAUGAUCUGCCAGCCUGCUGAAGUAAUAGGCCUUGUUGACAUUCCUCCUCAUGUACGAUUUUGGGGCAUUGAUUCUGGAAUAAGACACAGUGUUGGUGGGACAGACUAUGGAUCUGUGACGAUUGGUGCCUUUAUCGGUCGAAAAAUGAGAGUCUAUGGCAUCUUCAUUGCUGUCCCCUUCAUCGUCAACUGAUUAUUCUUACCAGCUAGUAGAUAGUAAUGGGAUUGAUGAAUUUGAAGAGGGUGGUGUUGAACUUGUUGAAGCUGAAGCUUCAUUGGAUUACUUGUGUAACCUUCCGCCUCAUAGAUAUGAACUGUCUAUGCAAAGAGGCUUCCUGAGUCGAUGCUUGGUGAGACAUUCCUUCAGAAAUACAACGAUCACAAUGACUCAGGCACAGUAAUUGAUCAAAGGCGCAGUUAUGGAGUGAAAGCACCAGCUCAACAUCCUAUCUAUGAAAAUUUCCAGGCCUUUAAACCGCUUCUAACGGCUCAGAGUUCACAAGAGCAACUUACCUCCCUUGGAGAACUCAUGUAUCAGUGCCAUUACAGCUAUAGUGCUUGUGGACUGGGAAAUGAUGGAACAGAUAGGCUAGUACAACUGGUACAGGAAAUGCAGCACAGUAAAAUAUCCAAAUCUGAAAAUGGAACCUUGUUCGGGGCAAAGAUCACUGGUGGAGGCUCAGGUGGAACGGUUUGUGUUAUUGGGAGGAACUGCCUGCAGAGCAGUGAACAAAUUUUUGGGAUUCAACAAAGAUACAAAAAUGCUACAGGCUGUAUGCCGUUUCGUUUUGAGGGCUCUUCACCAGGUGCUGGAAAUGUGGGUACCUGAAAAUCCGCCGUAGAUUUUCUCCUGACGAAAGCUAAGAUGUGAGAUUUAUUAACAAGAGUAUUGGUAGUCCUAAUUAUUGAGGUUGUUCAUCCAAAAGGAAAAUAUAUAUCUGUAAUUUUAUUUUAAUUACUAGGUAGUUAUCUUUUUAUUUUUCCCUUAUCCCUUGGUAGUAAUAGUUUCUCUUCUAGGCAGUUGGUAACUGCUUGUAGGAAUCAUUACUCAAUUGUACCCACUCCCUGGAAUUUUUUGGAUGUGUCACUAUACCAUAUUGACUAAAUAAGAUCAGAAUAUACACCUAUUUAUUUAGUA